AUGGCCAGCAAAGACCAGUACGAAGAAAGACAGAAUAGAGGUAGUGUGGAGCAGUUUUAUUUAAAACAGAAGCCAAAGACAAGCUUUCCUGAGAAAGAAAUAACAUCUGUAAAGGAAAUGCUGCUUCUGUACAUUCCAUUGCUAGCUGUUCUCGCAGCAGGUGACAAUGAAGAUGCCUUCCAGGAGGAGAUCUCCUUCAAAAUUAUCUACAGCUCAUCCUUCUACAACCGUUCCUGCGUGAAAAGUCGGAACUCUGCUUGGUUGGGUGACUUGCAGACUCUUCGCGAGGACAACUCUGGCAGUGUUAUUUUCCUGCGUCCUUGGUCGAUGGGCAACUUGACCAAGAAAGAGAUAAAAGAGCUCCUGGAAUACCACCACGCGCUCUCCAUUGAAAUGCCGAACAAACUUCACAGACAUGCCCGUCAAUGGCAGCUUAAAUAUCCCUUUGAGGUACAAGCAACAGGAGGCUGUGAACUGCACCCUGGGGGAGCCAUAGUAGCCUUCUAUCAAUUUGCUUAUCAAGGAUCAGAGCUCCUGCACUUCCAGAACACUUCCUGGAUGCCAUCUGUAAAGGAUGAAAUUACAGCUCAGCCUAUGAGCAGAGUAUUCAGUCAGUACCAUGUCGCCAACAAAAUAACACAGAAGAUGCUCAGUGACACCUGCCCACGUUUCCUCUUGAGUAUCCUUGAUGCAGGGAAGGCAGAUCUCCAGAGAGAAGUAAAACCAGAGGCCUGGCUGUCCACUGGCCCCAAUCCUGGUCCUGACCGUCAGAUGCUGGUUUGCCAUGUCUCUGGCUUCCAUCCAAAGCCAAUUUGGGUAAAGUGGAUGCGAGGUGAACAGGUACAGCAGCGCACUCAACAGAGUGGUAUCUUGCCCAAUGCUGAUGGGACAUGGUACCUCCAGGUUUUCUUGGAGGUGGAAGCCACUGAGACAUCUGGCCUAUAUUGCCGGGUGAGACAUAGCAGCCUAGGAGGCCAGGACAUCAUCCUCUACUUGGAACGUCACCGUAGCUCCAGGGGCUGGAUCAUCGUGGCAGUGAUGGUGCCCCUGGUGCUCCUGACAGCUCUUGCAUUUGGGCUUCGGAAGCGCUGGUCACACUGUGAGCCUCCUGCCACUCCUCUUCCUUUGGAGUGAGAUGCCAGCAGCCCUGGGGUUCCAGACAUAUUUAAA